CCAGUCAGUGGUUUUUCGGGUUGAUCCGACUUCUUUUGGCUGGUGUGAGUUCACUGUAUUGUAAAGGGUACUGUGAAGCGUAGAAGGAGGGGGGGUUGAAUUGCCAAAAUCCUCCAGAUUGGGUACACAUCCGGAGUCUCGACGAUCAUAAAUUAUCGCACCUUUACGUUUUAAGAAACCGGGUUUUAUUGUUUUUUAUUAAUUUAUUCUAUUUCUCUUAGUUUAUGGUUUAUGUUAACACUCCGGGAGGGCAGAAAUGGCGGCCAACAUGUACCGGGUCGGAGAUUAUGUAUUUUUUGAGAACUCCUCCAGUAACCCUUACCUGAUCCGCCGGAUAGAAGAACUCAACAAGACUGCCAGUGGGAAUGUGGAGGCCAAGGUGGUUUGUUUCUACAGAAGGAGAGACAUCUCCCACAGCCUCAUCCAGCUGGCAGACAAACAUGCAAAGGAGUUGGAAGAGGAGAAGGAGAGCCCGAUAGAGACAGAACUAACAGAAAAACAGAAACACCAGCUUCGCCACAGAGAGCUCUUCCUCUCCCGGCAGUAUGAGAGUCUACCUGCGACACACAUCAGGGGGAAGUGCAGUGUCGCAUUAUUGAAUGAGACUGAAGCUGUUCUUUCAUACCUUGACAAAGAGGAUACCUUCUUCUACUCGCUGGUGUACGACCCGACACAGAAGACCCUGCUGGCCGACAAAGGAGAGAUCAGAGUGGGACCGCGCUUUCAGGCAGACGUACCUGAAAUGCUACAAGAGGGUGAAGCAGAUGACAGGGACCAGUCCAAGCUAGAAGAGAAGCUGUGGGAUCCAGAGUGUCCACUCACCAACAAACAGAUAGACCAAUUCCUAGUGGUGGCACGGGCGGUUGGGACCUUUGCCCGGGCGCUGGACUGCAGCAGCUCAGUUAGACAGCCAAGUUUACACAUGAGUGCAGCCGCAGCCUCACGAGAUAUCACACUGUUCCAUGCGAUGGACACGCUGCAUCGUCAUAAUUACGACCUGUCCAGCGCGCUGAGCGUGCUGGUCCCAGCGGGCGGCCCAGUGCUCUGCAGGGAUGAGAUGGAGGAGUGGAGCGCCUCGGAAGCUGCCAUGUUUGAAGAGGCGUUAGAGAAAUACGGAAAAGACUUCAACGACAUCCGACAAGACUUUCUGCCAUGGAAGUCUCUGACCAGUAUCAUAGAGUACUACUACAUGUGGAAGACCACAGACAGAUAUGUGCAACAGAAGAGACUGAAGGCAGCGGAGGCAGAGAGCAAACUGAAGCAGGUUUAUAUCCCCACAUAUAAUAAGCCCAACCCCAACCAGAUCUCAAUGACCAAUGGCAAGAUGGCGACAGUGAACGGAGCAGGCCCAGGGGCUUACCAUGCAGCGGGCGGUGGCAGAGCCUGCGAGAGCUGCUAUACCAUGCAGUCGGCCCAGUGGUACUCAUGGGGGCCUCCGAACAUGCAGUGCCGCCUGUGCGUUUCCUGCUGGAUGUACUGGAAGAAGUACGGCGGCCUGAAGAUGCCAAGCAGAGCAGAGGGCCCAGAGGAGAGGACCUCCCCCAGUCCGGCAGCCAAUUCUCGUUCACGGAGUCACGGUCCUCGCCAGUCCAACCACAUGGUUCCGAUGCGAAACAGCGGCAGCCCCAAGUCCUCCAUGAAGACCAAGCAGGCUUUCCUGCUGCAGGCUACCCGCCUCACCAAGCUGGCCCGGCACAUGUGCCGUGACAUCAUCAGGCUGCGCCGUGCUGCGCGCCGGCCCUUUGUCCCCAUUAACUGUGGGGCCAUAAAGGCAGAGUGUAAGAGCUCUUUCAAUUCCUCCUAACUUCUGCCACAUGGACACACCUGCAGACAAGACACAACAUACGCAGACAUACAAACAGACACACACACACA